AGAGCCGUAUCCUGGCGGCAGGGUAAUGUUUAGGAUGGUCAUGGUUAAGCUAGUAAAUCGGUGCUCAACAAUUGCUGUGUUCUAAGGAAAUCGCAGCAAAACUGUUCCAUAUGGUAAAACUUGUUUUACGCGAGCAGUCUCAUAACGUGUCUCAAUUCACCGAUAGAUACAAACAGCUGUUCCAAUAACAUCCGGUAUCCAGGACGAGUUAUAUCUCGUGUAAUCAAGCAUAGUGUGUUCGAUUUUUUUUCUGUUCAUUCAAAACAUCGUCACAAAAAUAUUCCCAACGGCACGGUAAUCGAUCCUAUUACUCCCAAUGAUUUGCCCAAGAGUAUUUUGUCCAAUGAGUUAAAACAAAAGCAUUGCUUGCGAUAACAGUUAAUCAGUUAACUCGUAUAUAUGGAAUUACGGAUGAGUAAUCUUUCAAUGCAAACCAUCAAGCUAAAGGAAACCGGAAUAAAAAGCGCCAAGGGUAACUUCAAGUAUUCAUUGAAGAAAGUAAACGCUAUUUCUAACUUUAUUGUCAUAAAUGCCUUCGAUAUUACGUUUCAUUUCAUCACUUGCUGCCCACAUUGCUGCGUGAAAGAAACAGAAUUUAUGUGAUAAUGAAAGAUCCGAAUGAAACACCAGCGGAACUCGGUGGUCGAUAACAAAGUAUACCGACAUUAAUAAGCAAUACGUUUAAAGGAAGCAAGUUCUAAAAAGAUGCAAAUCAGUGUCUCUAUAUAAUCAACAAAAUGUUGGAAGAAUUAUUUCAUAUUGUGCUUCGAUAUUAGAAUAAUUGUAUUUGGUAAUAUCAUCCCUAGAGUGAAUUCAAAAUCUUUUUUGUUCAAAAAGAUUUUUUUAUUCAAGUAUUGAGACAAGCAUUGAUCACUCUCUUCGGAAACUGCUACUGUUUUUCAAGCAUCUCUUCCUUCAUUGCAUUUAGCGUGUACGGAAGACGCGCGAGACAAAACACCUGAUAAAACGCACAUGUCGGAAUCAUUACGUUUGAUGUGAAUAACGGUGCUGGCUUGGUGUGGGUAAACUAUUUGCAACGAUGCUAGACCGUCGCGACGACUCGAUUGCCUUGGUCGUUUUUAUUGUGACCGGGUGAACCGCGACGAUAUCUGCUUCUACGCGCCUGUAACGAUGAAGUUUAUCAGUCAGCAAACAUUUGCCUACCCGUACGGUCAGUGCAUUGCACGGUUUCCUAUGUUCGUAAACGAUAAAAAUAAUAAUAUUAGUUGUCAUUGGUUUAAUUGGUUUGAUUUGAUAACCUGGAGCACAUUUUAGUCUGUGAAAUGAAGGCGAUUCAUCGAUUUUGGCCAAAGUAGGCGUUGGCCGGGUGUGUUGGAUGCGUGCCUGAACGUGAAUUUCAAACAAAAGGACAUGGCUGCUAGAGUCAUCCGAGGAAGCGUUGGAUCGGAUGGUGGAUCGUCGACAUCCAGUCUGCGAUCCUCUCGUUUUAUAGUAGUGGAUUUUACCAAUGAUAAUGAUGAGAUCGCUCACAAAUGCUUCAACAACCGCCAGAACCCACCGGCCCAAGACUUUUACCAAUUGAAGCAACGCUGUCUUAGCGAAGGUAUCCUAUUCGAAGAUCCCGACUUUCCACCGGAUCAUAGCUCUUUGACAAAAUGUCAAACCAGUCCCAACCCAACGAUCGAAUGGCUUCGACCUCGUCAAAUCUGUCGGAAGGCAAAGUUUUUCGUCGAUGGAGCAUCCCGGUUUGACGUACGCCAGGGUAGUCUUAACGACUGUUGGCUCUUGACGGCUGUAGCUAAUCUCACUGCCAACCAGCGGCUGUUUCGUAAGACCGUCCCACUGGAUAACACGUUUGCUGAUGAAGAUUACGCUGGCAUUUUUCAUUUUCGAUUCUGGCAAUUCGGACAGUGGGUGGAUGUGGUAAUCGAUGACCGACUACCGACGCGAGAUGGUGAACUGAUUUAUAUGAGAUCUAGUCACAAGAAUGAGUUCUGGAGUGCUCUCCUAGAGAAGGCUUACGCGAAGCUAUAUGGAUCCUACGAGACACUAAACAGUGGAACCGCCAGAGAAGCGAUGCAAGAUUUUACAGGAGGAAUAACGGAAUCGUACCGUUUGAAAGGAAAGGAACCUCCUCCAGAGAACUUGUUUGAUAUAAUUCAAAGUGGCUUCGAAAGAGGAUCUACGUUUGCUUGUAAUAUUUUGCCGGAUCCAAACGUCCCGGAGGCUCACACACCCCAAGGACUACUGAAAGGUCACUCAUAUUCCAUAACCAAAACACACGUCUUCGAUCCUACCAAACAUCAACUGAUCCGGCUCCGUAAUCCCUGGGGUGACGGCAUGGAAUGGAAUGGCGCCUGGAGUGAUCGUUCCAAAGAAUGGGAUGCCAUCCCAAAAGCACAACGGAAAGCGAUUGGUCUCACUAUCGACAACGAUGGUGAGUUUUGGAUGAACUUUCAAGACUUUGUACGGUACUUUGAUCGAGUAGAAAUUUGCAAUUUGUCUCCGGACCCAUUCGAUGACCCAGAAGCUAGCCUACGUGGUUGGCAAGUAUCAACUGUUAAUGGAGAAUGGAUUAAAGGUUCCACUGCAGGUGGCUGCAUUGACUACCUAGACAGUUUUUGGGUCAAUCCUCAAUACGUAAUUCGGUUGGAUCAACCGGAUCGAGAUGACAAAUACGGAAUGUGUACAGUGGUGAUAGCCCUCAUGCAAAAAUUUCGCCGAGCGGAGUACCUUCCCAGUUUAACGAUAGGAUUUGUUGUCUACCGAAUAUCCGAGAAAGAUCUUCAAUAUAAACCAGUUCCAAAGAAAUUCUUCAAGGCAAAUGACCACCGAAUAGUAGCUCGUUCUAUUUAUAUAAAUUCUCGUGAAGUAAGCAGCCGAUUAAAGCUCAGCCCUGGAAUCUAUCUGAUCGUACCGACAACUUUUCAACCGGACGAGGAAGGCGAUUUUAUGGUUCGUAUAUUCUCCGAACUUCGUAACUGUCUGGAGGAAAAUGAUUGCAUAGUAUGCUUCGGAACACUAGAUGACCGUAUUUCCGGACCGUUGCUAGAAAAUGGCGAUUGGGAACAAAUGGUGCGUAGUUUCUACGAUAUGGCCAAUCGCAAGGGAAAAAUAGACUAUUUAGCUUUGGGAGCCAUUUUGGACAAAUUUUUUUUCUCUCCCCAAGUAAAACCCAAGAAACGUAUGAAUUUCUGGAAAGCAAUGAGCUUACGACUACAACAUGUUCUAUUCUGUUGGUGGAUCUCUGCUGCCCGACCCAAACACCCGACUACACAAACAAAGACAUUCAACCAUGUCGUAGUUCAACAGAUCUCCAAGCUACUAAUCUCUCGAGUUAACUUGAAUAACUCAACUCUACUCAACUAUGACCAAUUCCGAACAAUCGUUCGCGAUGUCCAACAAUGGCAAGCCGUUUUCAAUCUGUACGAUUUAGACCACAGUGGGCAUCUCGAUCGGAAAGAGCUGAAAAGGGCACUGAACUCGUCGGGUUUUAACGUGAAUAACCGCGUUCUACACGAACUUAUGAAACAUUCCAGAGAACGUGGUCAAGAGACGAUGGAGUUGGUCGAUUUUGUGCUCUGUGCAGUGGAAGGUCGAAAUGCGAUUGAAAAACUCUUGCAGAAUCCCACGGAUAAACCAACAUAAUAAGGAUGAGAAAUCCAUAAAAAGGCCAUAUUAAGUAUUAUUAUAUCUACUUCAAGGAAGUAACUGUGUCAAUACCUCAGUUUAUUAUAUUCGUAUGCAUUUGGAUCCAAAACAGAAUGACAAUCACCAAAUUGAAAACAUAAUGGAUUAUAUAAUAAUCACAUAUUUUCAUCUGAUGCAGUGGAAAUUAAAAAGUAUUUAGUAAACAUAUUAGAAUUUCUAACAGCCAAAGGAA